UCGGGCUGCGAGGACACGGAGACGUCAGUGCCCCAGGCAGGACACGUGGUGUCCUUGUCCCCCCCACCUGGGGGAGUGCUCACCGGUGGAGCCACUCGCUGCGCGCUCCCUUGAGAGUGAGAGCUGCAGCUCUGUCGCCUUCCUCCCUGACACCCAAGAAGCACUAUGGGGUGCCGGGGCCCGUGGCCGCUCUGGAGAUGGGUGCUGUGGGGGUUCUGGGUGCUGCCAGCCGGGGAGGUGAAGGGGCAGCUCCUUGUGCCCACGCUGGACCCCUCCGAGUCGGGCAGCAUCUCCCAGGUGUCCGACAGCAGCAGCGCCGAGCUGUCCCCAGGGCUGCCCGUGUGCCGGGAGCCGCCCGCAGCCGCAGCCGCAGCCGCACGGGCAGCGCUCCCCUCGCCCGCCGGCCCGACCGCCGCCCCCGCGGGCACACAGAGCUCAGGGAUCCUGGUGCCACAGGCAGCAGCGGGAGGGCUGGUCCCAGCUGGAAGCACUGGCGAGCAGGAGGGGCCGCCCAGCCCGGCAGCCCUCCCUGGGGGUCCAGCAAUGCAGGGCAGCCCCCAGGCAGGGUCAGGGGCUGGGGUCUCCUCUCCAGGUGCUGCCGGCCACCCAACCAGCCUCCCUCCAGCUCCCAUCGCCACUUGGCACAUGCAGCCUCUGCCCUUCAAGCCCCAGCCUGCCAGCAUUUCUCAGGAGACAGCCAGCCCCAUGAAGAUGGCAGCAGCUACAGUCAGUCCCCCCAACACAGAGGGAGCCAGCAUGGCAGCCCCACCACCUGCAGACCCCCCAAGUGAAUCCCUGGCGAAGGUCACCUUUUCCUCUACCACCAUGGGCACCAGCAAGGCUACAGAGGCAGGGACACGUGCCUUACCCAAGAGUGACCACAGCGCCUCACAGGACCCUCCUGGGCCUCCUGCUCAGCUGCCUCCAGCCCUUUUGCCCCAGCUUCCCUAUGAUGCUGUGCUGGGCACAGAGGAGACGCUUCCCCCCAGCCACAGCACAGCCCUGGGCACUGCUGGACAUGGGCUGCCUGGAGACAACGCUGUCACCCAGCCCCAGGCCACCACACGAGCUGUGGGCACGCUGGCUACAGGGAUGGAUGUCAUAGCUGGAGAGCACAUCCCACCUUUGGGAAGCACCAGUGCUGAGCUGGUGUCCAUCAGGAAUGAGGCCAGUACCAAAGCCACAGCAGGCACUGCCAUCCCAGAGACCAAGGACACACCACAGGGGCUCAGCACGAGUCUGUUCCCCCAUGCAGCUCUCAGUGACCCUGAUGGUCCUUCUCCAAGGCCCUUUCCACACUCCAUGGGCUCUCUGCUCCCUCAGUCCCUCUCAACAGGCCUUGGGACUACCACAGCAGAGGCAGCUGCAGGUGCAUCUCCUUCAGCCACUCCCAGCAUGGCCAUGCCUUUGUCCCUCAUGGGCACCAGUGGAGCAAAGCCAGACAAGGCCCCUCAAGCUGCUGCUGCUGCACCACCUUCCAUCACUGCGUUUGGCAUCGAUGUUCCCCCUCUCCUGGAAGGCAGAGCCAAUGUAGGGAUGGCUCUGGAGGUGUCCCCAUCCAGCAUCCCCCAAGAGAUGACAACAGUCAUGUCCCCAGUGUCCCUGACGGCGCUACUGCAAGCAAUGGGGGCCUCAGGUGACCCCCAGCCCGAUGGCAGCACCACAGGACGAGCAAUGGGGAUGGGGUUCCUGGAGGUGAGCAUGGAGGAGAACCCAGGUGCCAGUGCAGCGGGGCCAACUCCCACCCACACGACUGUCACUGCCAGACCACCCCCAGAGCCACCUGCCACUGAGGACAAGCCCACAGCUGGGAUCACCUCGCUGGCUGUGGGCCACACAAGUGUGCGAGGGGCUACAGCUGCAUCCUGGACAGGUGCCACAGGUACCACUGCCCAUGUGGAGACCCCCCGUUCUGAGAGCAGCACCGAGGGUGCAGCACCCUCAGCCAGCUCCAGCAGCACCUAUGGCCCCGACUCCAAGGCCACUGGCACAAGCCUGGCCACCAUGCUGGCCACCACACCAUCCACCAGCACGUUCCCCAGCAAUGCUAACCUGCCAACCACCUCUACAGGCUGGGAGACCUUUGUGACCAGGGCCACCACAGCCAUGCCACCUGCCACAGCAGGGGCCACCAGCACCAGCAGUGCUCCAUCCCUGGCUGUAACACACAGCGAGACAAGCGGAGGAAACAACAGUGCCAACACUGCCACUGCUGCCACCACCGGCACCACUGCAGGGAACACCACUGCCACCACGGGGAACAGCACUGCCAACACUGCCAACACUGCCACCACUGGCACCACUGCAGGGAACACCACUGCCACCACUUCAGACAAGACCAGAGCCACCACUGCAGGGAACAGCACAGCUAUUGCACCCACAGCCCCAGUGAGCCCAGCCAAGGAGGCAGGGAGCCUUCCAGCCCCAGGCACCACAGCACCAGUGAGACCACGAGCCACCACCAGCCCUGUCACCACCCUGUCUCAUGGCUUUGGGACACAGAGAGGACCAUCCACCGAACUGAGCACAUCUGCCCACACCAUCCCGGGGCACAGAGCUCCUGCACUUGAGCCCCAACCCACCCAUGAGCUUAUCAAGCCAGCAACUUCACUCUACCCCUUUGGCGUGGAAGGAGGGGACCAAGAGUAUGUCCGGAGGAUGGUGGAUUUUAACUCACCCCUGUUCAAGCCAGAAAUUGGAUUUCCCUUUGGGAAGUCACUGCGAGAUGCUCUCUAUUUUACAGAUAACGGACAGAUCAUUUUUCCACCCACGGACAACUAUGUCCUGUCCAACCCCAACCCCCCUCCCUGGGGCUUCACUGGCCGGGAGAGCCUUCCAAUGGUGGCUGCCUUUUGGGACGAUGCAGACUUUUCCAAGGGUGUUGGCACCACCUGGUACCAGGAGUACUCUACACUCAGCUCUACCCGAGACCCUGUUGUCCAAGAUGUGGAAGCAAAGAUUGAGAAAUACCUGAAAAUCCCCUAUGUAGCAAAAUGGACCUUGAAGGUGACGUGGGAGAAUGCUCCAGCAUACCCAUCCCGGAGGGAUGACACUCAGACGAGCACCUACCAGGCAGUGCUCACCACGGAUGGGAGCCGCUCCUUCGCCCUGCUGCUCUACCAGGACGGCGGGAUGCGCUGGGACUACACCAAGCUGGCUGCAGCCAACGUGCUCAUCGGCUUCUCCAGUGGCAAUGGCUAUGCCCAAAACAACAAGCUGACUCAGAAGCCACCAGCUGUCAAGUACCGACCAGACCAGUACAGCAGCACCGGCUCUGAUGUGCGUGGGCUGUGGAUUUACAGGCUGGACAGUCGCUCCCGGGUGAAUUACAGGCUGCAGUGCCUGGCGUGGCUGGACACAGAGCCAGCGCCGGCCACCUGGAACAGGCAGCUGCCACCAUGCCCCUGCUCCCGGCCCCAGGCAGAGCUGGAUCCCCGCUACCACUGGAGCAGAGGCCCAGAGGACACCUCGGUGAGGAUGCUGCGCACUGUGUCCCCCAGCCCAGCUGGAGCUGGGGUGCGAUGUCUGUACCAAGGAGGGAGCUUGCUCGAAGGCUGGCAGGAGAGGACAUGGAGCCUCCCCUUCCACACUGCCACUGACAGGGAGCUGGAAGCAUUUGACUGGUGCUGCCGGCGUGUGGGGAAGCCCCUGUUCUGUGCCAGGUUUGCUGAGAAGAGACCAAGGGUUGGCUGUGAAGGAUAUGUGCCACCCACCCCCGCUGGCGCCUUCGGGGACCCUCACAUCACCACUCUGGAUGGACUCACCUACACCUUCAAUGGGCUUGGGGACUUUGUCCUGCUGCUGGCCAGUGAUACCCAGACCAGCUUUGUUUUGCACGGGCGCACAGCACAGACUGGCAUGGCCCAGGCCACCAACUUUGUGGCUUUUGCUGCCCAAUACAUCUCCAACACCACCACAACAGUUGAGUGGACCUUGGGGAGCCAGGAUGACAUCCAAGUCCUCCUGAACAAUGAAACCAUCCAGUUUUCCUAUUCCCAAGACCUGGGUGACAAGGUUUACUACAGCCCUGGUGUCCUGCUGGUCAACAGCUCCUCUGUCACGGCCGUGUUCGACGGGACCGUCGCUGUCUCUGUCGCGGCCGCCUCUGGGAUCCUCAGCGUGCUCUGCAGCCUGCCCGACUGGUACCGCAGCAGCACCAGGGGCCUCCUGGGUGUGUGGGACCAUGACCCUGCGGAUGACUUCCAGAUGCCCAAUGGUACCAGCAUCCCUGUGAACAGCAGUGAGGAGGAGAUCUACAGCUAUGGGAUGACCUGGGCUGUUGGGGAGCACAGCCUGUUCACUCAGCCUCUGGACUCACCAGCACAGAACUUCACACCCUUCUUCUUGUCUCGGCUGCGGCAGGAGGAUGAAAGCCAGUACCAGCUGGCAGCCUCGCAGUGUCACGGCAGCAGGGAGUGCAUCUACGAUUCUCUGAGCACAGGGAACUUGGCCCUGGGUCUGGCCACCCAGAGCCUUGCAGCCGACUUCCAGCAGAGGAAGACAGCUCUCAAUGCCUUCCCUCCUGUCAUCACUGGUGAUGCAUCAAUCACAGCCUUCAGGACAGAGAAGGUCAGAAAGCAGUACCAUGCCUUGGGGGUCGGUGCACGCUUCAUUCCCCAUCUCUCACCAGAGCUCAACAUAUCAGAGAAUGGCACCCUGAUAUGGGAGCCCCGUGGGAUCGCCCCAUUCACCAUCAACCUGGAGGCUGUUGGGUCCAACAACAUCUCUGCACUCCUCCAGCUCCACUUCACCCUUUGCAGAUGCAGCAGGAGCCAGGAGUGUGACUACAGCAACACUGUCACUCUCAGGGAGUCUUCCUUGCAGCUGGCAGCCUGCAGAUGCGAGAGCGGCUACUCGGGUCCCUUCUGCCAGAACCCUCCGGAGCCCUGCUCCCAGGGAUGCUUCCCUGGCGUGGGAUGUGACCCUUCCAGCGGCUGUGGGCCCUGCCCACCUGGCCUGACAGGGGAUGGGCAGCACUGCUCAGAUGUCGACGAGUGCGCGCAGGGGACGGAGUGCCCGGAGAACAGCACCUGCACCAACACCGUGGGCAGCUACAUCUGCUCCUGCCUGGCCAGUGAGCAGGGUGAGAGGCCAGGCUGUGGCUCAGCCUGCGGCUACCACUCCUGCCCUGAGGGCUACUGCAGCAACGGGGGAUGCUGCCACCUUCACCCCAUCACCUGCACCCCCACCUGCACCUGCCCCCCUGCUUUCACUGACCAGCGCUGCCAGGUGGCAGGGGGGGAUUUUCAGCCACUGCCCAGCACAGAUCUCCCUCGGAGAAGCAUCCAGAUGAAGAUCAAGACUCUGCAAAACACCACUGCUGAGGAAGUCAACAGCACUGUCUCAGCCAUCCUGGACUCCCUGGAGGUAAAGGCUUUCCAGAGCAACACCAACAUCACCCAGAUGACAGACGGCGAUGGCUUCACCUUCGUGGUGGUGUCGGAGUUUGCCUAUGACAGCCGCAGCUCCAUCAUCCGCUUCCUGAACGAGGAGCUGCCCGCAGCCGUCACCGGCGCCUUCAACGGGCGGCGGCGGCGGCGGGAGGCGGGCACGGGGCUGCUCUUCCAGCGCCUGCACCGGGACAACAUCACCGACCUGGUGAAGCUGACAGUGGAUGAGCUGAGGGACUAUUUCCCCUGCUCUCUGAAUGGCUACAAAGGCUACCAGCUCCACUACGUGGGGAGCAUCGGCUUCGUCUGCAUCUCCCCUUGCAAGAUGGGCUACUGCCAGCACGGUGGCCAGUGCCAGCACCUGCCCGAGGGGCCCACGUGCAGCUGCCUGCCCUUCUCCAUCUACUCCCCGGCCGGCGCUCGGUGUGAGUGGCUGGCCAUCAGCCUGGCUGCCUUCCUCGGCAUCCUGCUGGGGGCCCUGGCUCUGCUCUGCCUCCUGUUUGCCAUCGCCUGCCUGGCCCUGCACCUCUGCCGCCAGCACCGCCGCCAGCACCAGGGGGCCAAGGAGACCUUGUGGAGGACACGGCCCUUCUCCUCUUUGACGACGGCAGGAGAACAAGCAGAGCCCACCCUCUCCCACUCCCUGAAAAGGCACUGGAAACUGCAGCUCCAGGCCAUUGACCCCUCAGUGCAGAUCAGAAUCCAGAGACCCCACGUUAUGCCUCCAAACCAGUCCCUCCAGCAGCCCUAACCUGCCUCUGGUCCUUUCCUGGCACCUCCAGGCUCACAGAGGAACCAGACUCUGCUGCCUGCUCUGCUGCCUGCUCCCAAGAUCUCCAGCAGCAGCCACUCAUGGAAGCAGGGGACAGGCAGCUGCCUUUUGGGUUCUGGGAGGAUUCACUCUGGAGGGGUUUUCUGAAUGUGUGUUUAUGUUGGGUGACCAAAGCAGGAGGAUUUCACCUUCCCUUGAGGACCUGCAGAGACACCUGGGGUCACCCUUGAAUGUGUCUGCACCAGGGUAUAUGCUAGUGCAAUAUAACCAGACCCUGCAGAGCCCCCAAGAGCAGGGUCAGGUGGGGCAAUGCAGUGACUGUAAUCCCUUAGGAACCAAAUAGAAUAAACCAAAAAU